GGAGUAGAAUACAAUCAUACAUAUAUCUUCCCCUGGAAUUCGUCCAUCCCCCGAAUUUUCCUUAAAUAGACACUGAUUCAUACUAAGAAUUUGAAGAAAAGAUGGGUCUCCCUUUAUUUCUCAGGCGUAUUCUGGAAAAUACAAAAGUCAGAAAUCUCAUAAAAAUUUCACUCGAAGGAGAUGAAAAAUUUGAAACAUUUGUUGGACAGAGAUUACUUGUUCCAAUUGCCUUUGCGUAUAUGAAAAAACAAAAACUGUGCUUCCGUUAUGACAAAACAUACAGAAAAUUCUGUUGCAUGUUUUUUGGGGCUUCCCGUUUUGAAACUGAUUUACUAGAUCAUCUCGACGAUUCAGCAUACCGUUGCAUGUCUUUUGGGGCUUCUGAACCUCAAGCAGACAGAGAAUUCUUCAAGUUACUGAUGUCAUUUGUGAAGGAUCUGAGGGUAGUCUUCACAAUCCCAAAGCAGCAAAUGUCGAAGAUUACUCCUACUCCCCAUCCUAAUGAAGUUGUUGUGGAGUUUAUCGACUUUCUCCUCCAACUUUUAGAAGAAAUAAUGCGCCUUGAACCAGAUUUCAUUGUUCCAGUCAAGGGUUCAAUAAAAAACGUCCAGACAGAACUUGGAUUUCUAAUCAGCUUUCUUGGAGAUGCACCGUUACGCACUGAGUUGGACGCAACCAAGAAUAUAUUGUCAGAUAUCGAAGUUGUUGUCAAUGAGGUUGGAAGUUUCUUAUAUUCAAUAUUCUCAGCAAGUGAUGAUAGAGUCCUGACGACUGGAAGAUUGAGUCUUUCUCUUUCUGAUUUCUUACAAAAGUUUGAGCUCUUGAAAACAAAGAUCAAGGAGUACUGCAUCACAGUCCCAGAGUUGCCAGGUUGUGUCGCUACAAAGAGUAGUGUGAUUUCGUUCUUCACUGUGGAUUCUCUCCUAGAUGAUCUCGAGGACCUGAUCAAUUAUAAGGCUGAAAGGAUUGUCCCAGUGAAGGAUCAAAUCAUAAUGCUCUACGAGGAGCUAUCGUUGUUGAGAUCCACCCUCAAUUUUAUAGUUGUGGCACAGCACUUACAACUUGAGGAACUUGCGAUGAAAACCAGAGACUUAUUAUAUGAAAUUUCAUAUGUUAUCAACUCGGUUACUCCUGUCUGGUAUCUCACCCCCAGGCUCUCUCAACUCCUGGAGAAGAUUCAUCUUGUUAAGAUGGAAAUAAAAGAAAAGAAGAGCAGUAGUAUUGACGCUGGAAUACCAGAAGAAGGAUAUCCAUGUGAGCAAGUACAGCCUCAAGCUAAAGAAAUUGACAAUUUGGAAGAUGAUUUUGUGGGUUUCCAGGAUGAGAAAAUCAAAAUUGCUGAUCAACUCACCAGUGGACCACGAAAGCAACAAAUUAUUUCCAUUGUUGGAAUGCCUGGACUUGGUAAGACUACUUUAGCAAAGAAUUUGUUCAAUGAUCCUUCCAUUGUCUAUUAUUUUGACAAAUGUGCGUGGUGUGUGGUUUCUCAAACAUAUAAGAAGAAAAAUGUAUUGAUUGACAUUUUGACAUCGACAAGAAACCAUAAUAGAGAAACAAUCACAGAAAUGGAGGAAGAAAAUUUGGCUGAAAUGCUUUACAAAAGUUUAAAAGGAAUGAGAUACCUCAUUGUCAUGGAUGAUGUAUGGGACAUGAAACCAUGGGACGAUUUGAAAAGAUAUUUUCCAGAUGAUAGAACAGGAAGUAGAAUCUUAUUCACAUCUCGGAACAAAGAAUUGGGCUUCAAUGAUGUUGUUAAUGAACUUCCUUUCCUAUCAGAUGCUGAGUGUUGGGAAUUAUUACAGCGGAAAGUGUUCCAAACAGAACCUUGCCCUCCAGAAUUGCUAGAGAUUGGUAAGCAUAUUGCCGCAAAAUGUCGUGGUCUACCUCUGUCAGUCAUUACGAUAUCUUCCAUUCUUGCAAAUAUGCAGAAGAAAGAGAGCUCAUGGGGAAAAGUAGCGGGGCAUUUAAAUGAACACAUAUUUGACAGCACAAAUAAUUGCAUCGACAUACUGAAACUUAGUUACCAACAUUUACCAGUUCAUCUGAAACCUUGUUUUCUAUACUUUGGAGCAUUUGAAGAAGACGAAUUAAUCCCGGUACGGAAGUUGAUAUCUCUAUGGGUUGCUGAAGGGUUUAUAAACAAAGAAAACAACAGGAGCUCAGAGGAUGUGGCACACUAUUAUCUAAUGGAUCUAAUUAAUAGGGGUCUGGUACUAGUUGCUGAAGAAAGAUCAAACGGUGGAGUCAAAACUUGCAUGAUUCAUGAUCUAUUGCAUGAGAUAUGCUUGAGGAUAGCUAAAGAAGAAAACUUUAUGGGAGGGAUCGAAAACGGGUAUUCGAAGUAUAAGGAAGAUAAGAGUAUCUUGGAAAUGCAGCGUCUUUGUUUCCCAAGACCAUUUGAUCCAUAUGUUCACUCUCAGUUAGGCCGCAGGGUCAUGGAUUUGUCAGGACAAUAUUGUUCUUAUUUUGAAGAUAUAAGUGUAGGAAUUAAAAAGUUGGUUCACUUGAGGUACUUGGCAGUUCGACAAAAAUUUAUAGUGCCAGUAAUAGAAAAUCUCCACAAACUAGAAUAUCUUCACGUGGAGAACAGAUGUAAAGUUGAAAUACCUGAGUUCGUUCUUAACAUGAAGACUUUGAAACAUCUGCAUUUUGGACGUGGUGCAAGCUUCAGUGCAUUUUCUCAUUUAAGAGCAACUAAGGAUGGGAGCUUCCAAAUAAAUAACCUACAAUCUAUUUCUCUACUUUUGAUCCAAGAUAAAAUGGAUGCAAAAAUUUUGGGAUGUGCUCCCAACCUACGCAAAUUGAAAUGCAAGUUCGCGUCUCGAUGUCCUUUCAAAUUCCCCAAUCAACUUGAAUCGCUCAACAUCAGUUUCAUGGGAGAUUCACGUCCCAAAUUUCCCUUGAAUCUCAAAAAAUUGACCCUAUUGGAUUUUUAUUUGUCGUGGGAAAAAAUUCGGAUGAUUGGGAGAUUGCCGAACUUAGAGGUUCUCAAAUUACGUCGUGGUUCCUUCAAGGAAAAUCAAUGGGACACAGCAGAAGGUGAAUUCCAAAAACUCAAAUUCUUCGAGCUAAAUGGAGUGGAAAUUGUAAGCCAAUAUGACUCUGCAGAUUGGUAUCCGACAGCAAAAUGGAAUCCCACAAGUGAUGAUUACCCCAAACUUGAACGAUUAGUGCUGCGAUAUUGCCACUGUUUGAAAGAGAUCCCUUCCAGUUUAGGUUAUAUCUUGACCUUACAGAAGAUUGAGGUAUAUGGAUGCGCAGAAUCUGUCGCAAAAUCUGCUAUGGAAAUUCGGGAAGAACAACAAGAAAUGGGAAAUGAAGAGCUUAAAGUUAUCAUCUCCCACUAGCGAUGCUAAUAGAGUAAACAGAGCAUGAGUUUUGCUGGGAAUGCUAGGAAGUCUUUAGCAAACACGCGGAAGGAACAAAAUCGUAUCACUUUUCCCGGAAAACCUGUGGAAUGAUGGCUGAUUCCUCACCAAUUACCUUGGUACAGUAGACAAUAUCCAUCCUCUACCUUUAAUUUUUUUUUUUCAUUACCUUUUUAAUUGUGAUUUCUUAUUAUCGCGCCCUUUCUCUUUUUCCUCGUUUAUACAUGCAUUAAGUGGGUAUUAUGUGAGGUGGAUAGUUUGUAAUAUUAUUGACUUCUUACUUUUUCUUUUUCCUCCAAUAAGUGCUUGUCAAAUUAUUUCA